GAGGAACAGGUGUCUCUGAUGGGGGAAGCCGAUUGAGGCAGGGCGUAGUGUACAAAGGAAGGAGAGGGACAAGCUGCAGGAUUUGGGAGUUUGUGGAUGCGGAAUCUCUGCGUAAGAUCACCCACACGCUGGCCAUGAAGAACGAGGAGAUUUCAAACUUCGUCUGCACCCUCAAACAGAACCUCGAGAACUUAGAGGGGAACACGAACAGGGUCCAGGAGGAUCUGGAGUCUGAGUUCACCGCCCUGAAUGCUGUUCUGGUCGAGAUGAAGGAAAACAUGGUGACUCGCAUCAAACAGGAGAGAGCCAGCCGCACAUACGAGCUACAGAGUCAGCUGAGCGCCUGCUCCAAAGCCUUGGAGAGUUCAGAGGAGCUGCUGGAGCUGGCCAAUCAGACGCUCUGCUCCUCCGAGACAGACGGUUUCAAUCAGGCGGCCAAAGACAUUAAGGAUAGCGUUACAAUGGCUCCAGCCUUUCGCCUCUCCCUGAAGGCUAAAGCCAGCGACAACAUGAGUCACUUGAUGGUGGAUUUCAGCCAGGAGAGGGAGGUGUUGCAGGGACUCAAGUUUCUCCCAGUUCCUGGCACUCCAGAGAUCCAGGUGUCAGAGUGCCAGGUGUCUGACAACACGGUGACGGUAGUUUGGACUCUACCGGAGCCUGACAGCAAGAUCGAACACUACAUCCUGGAGCACCGGCGCACAAACCACGAAGGGCCGCCGCGCCUCAGAGAGGAUUACCCCUGGAUGGUGGUGGAGGGGAUCCGGGAGAUGGAGCACUCACUCAUCGGUUUGCGCUUUGACACCCGCUACUUGACGUUCAGAGUGAGAGCGUGUAACAAGGCCGUGGCGGGAGAGUUUUCUGAGCUGGUCACACUGGAAACCCACGCCUUCAACUUCAAACUGGACUCUGGUUCGGCCCACCAGAACCUGAAGGUGGAGGACCUGAGUGUGGAGUGGGACAGCUGUGGAGGAAAGAUCCAGGACAUCCGCAAGGAAAAGACCCGAACCAACUCCCCCAUGCACUCUCCUGCCAGGUGUGUACCAGUGUUCAUUUAG